GUUUGCCUUCCUUCAUCGUUUAACUGAAAAGUGAACAUCACUCCGAAGACGAAAUGAGUCUCUCAGCAAAAGACAAGGCCACCGUCAAGGCCGUGUGGGGAAAGAUCUCCUCUAAGGCCGAUGACAUCGGAGCCGAAGCUCUUGGCAGGAUGCUGGUCGUCUACCCUCAGACCAAGACCUACUUUUCCCACUGGGGAUCCACCGCCCCUGGCUCUGCACCUGUCAAGAAGCACGGAAAGACCAUCAUGGGUGCCGUCGGAGACGCCGUGGGCAAAAUCGAUGACCUGACCGGUGGCCUGGCCGCUCUCAGUGAGCUGCAUGCAUUCAAGCUCCGGAUUGAUCCUGCCAACUUCAAGAUCUUGGCUCACUGCGUCAUCGUGGUCAUUGCUGCAAUGUUCCCUGCAGACUUCACCCCUGAGGUUCAGCUGUCUUUGGACAAGUUCUUCCAAAACCUGGCCCUGGCCCUGGCCGAGAAGUACCGCUAAACUGCCGGGCCGUGUUGCGCCAAGAAAUGCGCUCACACACAUGCUCUGUUAAAAUAUCAGACGAUGUCAAAUAAACAACACAACAAUCACAA